AUGCCUCCUCGUCAAGCUCCUGUCAUCUUUCAAGCUGCACCGCAACAAGAUGUAGAAUCGGUUUUCUACGUUCAUCCAAGCGAAGGAUCGAAUUCUGUUACGAUCAUUCCCAAACUCAAUGGCUCAAAUUACUUAGCUUGGAGUCGUUCGAUGAAACGCGCAUUGGGAGCGAAGAACAAACUCGCCUUCAUCAAUGGCAUUAUUCAACAACCUGAAGCUUUGGAUUUGAACAGAGCAGCGUGGGAACGGUGCAACCAUCUAAUUCAUUCAUGGAUUAUCAAUUCCGUUUCUGAAUCCAUUGCUCAAAAUAUUGUCUUUCACGAUUACGCUUUAGAUGUUUGGGAGGACCUGAAAGAGAGAUUCUCAAAAGCUGAUAGAAUCAGAAUUUCUACUCUUUGUUCUUCCAUCAACAAUCUAAAGCAGGGAGGUAAAACUGUUUCUGAAUACUUCACUGAGAUGCGUUCACUUUGGGAAGAACUUAAUUCACAUAGACCUCUUCCAAAUUGUUCUUGCAUUCAUCGAUGCUGUUGUGAAGCUUCAACUCGUGCUCAUGUUUAUCGUGUUGAAGACCAAAUCAUGCAAUUCCUCAUUGGAUUGAAUGAUCAAUUUUCAAUUGUCAAGACUCAGAUCUUGCUUAUGGAUCCUCUUCCAUCCUUGAACAAGGUGUAUUCUUUGGUGAUUCAAGAAGAGAGUAAUCAUGCACCUAUCCUUUCUCUUCCUGCUGAUGAAUCCAAUAUUUUGGUUAAUGUUGCUGAUUCCAAGAAAUCCUAUGGUCGUGGUAAAGGAUAUUAUAGCAAUCAGAAAAAUUCAUCUAGACACUGUACCUUUUGUAACCGCACCAACCACACCAUUGAUACCUGUUACCUGAAGCAUGGAUUUCCCAAUGCUAACAUACCAGGAAAUUCCACUGCCUCCACUCAAGGAUCCACUAAUAGUGUUACAGUUGAAUCUGGAAAUGUCAGUAACACUGAGCAUGGGAAUGGUGACUCAGGUUUUAGUAUUUCUCAAGACAGAUAUGAGCACCUUGUAAACUUGCUUCAACAAGCAACUCUGUUAUCCUCAGCUGUGUCUCCUUCUGUUUCUACUUCAAAUCAACUCACCACUUCACCAUCCAUGCCUAUUGUUCCUUAUCAGUCAGAUUCAGGCGCUAAUGAUCAUGUAUGUUUUUCAAAAUCUCAUUUCACUGCUUUUUACAAAAUCAAACCUGUGCUUGUUACUCUUCCCAAUGGUAAUUCCAUAUAUGUUCAUUAUGCUGGUAAUGAUGUGACAUCACAUAAGAUGAUUGGUUUGGGUGAUAAAUCAAAUGGUCUCUACACAUUGUCUAUGCAGUUUCCUAAUCAGAAGAUGCAUCCUCAUAGCAGUCUUAAGCUUGGUCAUUUGUCGAAUCAUAGAUUGUCCUCUAUGACUCAUUUGUAUCCCUCUAUUAUUGUUGAUAAUAAAGCUGCAUGUGAUAGUCUUGAUUGGGAAUAUUUCACUUCCAUUUCAUCCCUUCUUAUCAUUCCUUCUGUUUCUGAUAUCUCUCAUUCUCCAUCAACUACUAAAUAUGUUCCUCAUACUCAGCCUACAACUACUACUACACCCACUAAUGACCCUUCUCGUCCUCCACCCAUUAGAUGUUCUUCCAGAAAUAAAAUCUCUCCUUCUUAUUUGAAGGAUUAUAUUUGUCCUCAUAAAUCAUCUACAUCUGUCAAUAACUUGUACUCUAUUUCUAAUUAUGUUUCUUAUCAUAACAUCUCUAAUCCCCACUCUCAUUUCAUUUUGUCUCUUCAUGCUCAUAAUGAACCCAAAACCUACACUGAGGCAAACAAGUUUGAAUGUUGGAGGCAAGCUAUGCAAGUUGAGCUCACUGCUCUUGAAAAUACUGGAACUUGGAAGAUAAUUGAUUCACCUCCUAAUGCUAAACCUAUAGGCUGUAGGUGGAUUUACAAGAUUAAGCAUAAUGCAGAUGACACUAUUGAAAGAUACAAGGCCAGACUUGUUGCUAAAGGCUACAAUCAAGUAGAGGGGUUGGACUACUUUGACACAUAUUCCCCUGUAGCCAAACACACCACCAUCAGAUUGGCCAGCAGGAAAUGGUAUGAAAAACUGGCAUCUCUGUUAGUGAAUCAUGGGUAUAAACAAGCUUCAGCAGAUCACUCUUUGUUCAUCAAACAUAGUACCACUCAAUUCACUGCUCUCUUAGUCUAUGUUGAUGACAUAAUCUUAGCUGGUAACUCUUUAGAUGAAUUCACUUUUAUUAAGAAUAUUCUUCACAAUUCCUUCAAAAUUAAAGAUUUGGGCCAGCUUAAAUAUUUCUUGGGUUUGGAGGUUGCUCAUUCAAAACUAGGCAUUUCUUUGUGCCAAAGGAAGUAUGGUUUGGAUUUGUUGUCUGAUACAGGUCUUUUAGAUUCAAAACCUGUAGCCACCCCUUCAGAUCCUUCAAUCAAGCUAUAUCAUGAUGAUUCACCUCUAUACACAGAUAUUCCUGCUUACAGAAGACUUGUUGGGAGAUUAUUGUAUUUGAAUGCAACUAGACCAGACAUUACCUUCAUUACUCAACAAUUGAGCCAAUUCUUAUCUAAGCCAACUCAAACACACUACAAUGCAGCUUUAAGAGUGCUUAGAUAUCUCAAAACUUGUCCUGGCAAAGGUCUUCAUUUUCCCAGAUCUUCACUUCCUUAUAUCCAAGGUUACUCAGAUGCUGACUGGGCAGGUUGUAGAGACACCAGAAGAUCCAUUUCUGGGCAAUGUUUCUUUCUUGGUGAUUCAUUGAUCUCAUGGAGGACCAAGAAACAACUCACUGUCUCUAGGUCUUCUUCUGAAGCUGAAUAUAGAGCAUUGGGAGCAGCUACCUGUGAGCUUCAAUGGCUGAUGUAUCUUUUGAAAGAUUUGCAGAUUACUUGCACUAGAAUUCCUGUGUUGUACUGUGAUAACUAG